CAGUUGCUGAAGCAAAAGAAACCUCUAUCCUCCCCAUGCUAACUGUUGACAUGGAAAACAAGGAAAAUGGCUCUCUGGAUGUCAAAAAUUCAGUAGAGAACGGGAGACCUCCGGAUCCUGCCGACUGGGCUGUUAUCGAUGUUGUGAAUUACUUCAGAACAGCUGGAUUUGAAGAACAAGCCAAUGCUUUUCAAGAACAGGAAAUUGAUGGCAAAUCAUUACUGUUGAUGACAAGAAAUGAUGUACUGACUGGACUUUCAUUAAAACUGGGGCCUGCGCUGAAAAUCUAUGAAUAUCACGUCAAACCUCUACAGACACAGCAUCUAAAGAACAACUCUUUAUAGCGAAUUGUCUAAUUGAGGUCAUGUUGUGCCUCAAACAAUAAAUAAGCAAUUUGGUUUCAUGUGAUGGAACUUUGUAAAGAGAGAAUAUAUCUAUUAAGAAUUUAAACCAAAUUACAAUAUAUAUCCUAUUGGAUAGAGUUGGCAAUAUACUAUAUACUGAGUCUGAACUGAGAGAGGUGGUGUGUAUUUUUCACAUAGUACAUAAUGAUUUUCUCUUUUAGGAGUUGUCGAUGGGCAUGUUGAGAUAGCUGCAUCCAGAACAAAAGGGUCGUUUGUCAUUCUCAUUUUUGAGCCAGACAUGUUCUUGAUUUCAUGAAUUAAAAUACCAAAAAAAAAAAACCCCAACUCCCAAAUAAAGUUUACAUGCAUCUUUGGGAGAGAAAAAACAAUCGAAGUAGGUUUUGGCUUACCCUAAAGACCUACUAAAAUUAUUGCUACUUAUAAUUUUAGGAUGGGACUGACACUUGCCAACUCACCCUUUUUUGCAGAGGGUCCUAUUUUGACCUUAUUAAGGUUUACUUGUGGUAUGCUGCAAUGUUUAAAGCUGUACAUACAACUAACAUAACCCCUUCGAUAGCAGAAGGUGUUGCUGACAGGUGAAACUGGGUUGUGUAUUUUUUGCUGUCUUUGAAAUUUUCAACUUGUUUUCACCGGUUUUUAACAGUAGCUCUGUGUAAAGUAUAGUUGGUUUUUAAAACUUCGUGUUGCUUUGCAAAACAAAAAAAAAAGCUUCAUUUUAUUCCUUUUUUAAUUUAUGAUAACUUGUUUUCUAACAUUAUGCAGAAAUUUGUAAAAAGAGUAAAAUUCUGCACAUUUUUAAUAUUGUCUGUCACUGGUGUUGUAGUGGUUGUUAUUUUUUUUUCGUUAAUGCUUUACUUAAUGGUUUGAAUGCUUGUUUUAAAAACUGAAAGAAGCUGUCUCGUCACCAUACAUCUCUGUUAAAAGAGAGUCUUGUUCAGUCUGUUUGUACCAGUUCCCUAUUGGAUAGGUUGCUCGCUGUAUCCCAAUAAAGCAUUGCUUAUGUUUG